CGUCUUGCUCAGUGUGUGGUGAACCAGCAUGACCAGGCACGACCAUGUUGUGGAACUGAAGUAGAAUGAACAUGAUGGUGAUGAGCGAUUUCUUAUCUGGACACUCCAACCUAUCUGCCCUGCAAAUUAUUGGUUCUUGUGUGUCAUCUCUGUUGGGACCAACUAAAACUGUCAAGUGCCUGUUUGACGAGGAAAGCAGCGAGGGUGUGUUGGUAACGAGUACAAAUGAGCUACUACAAGGAUUAGAUAUUGAGCACCCAGUUGGUCAGUUGGUGAGAGAGUUCUGUUUGUCUCAAUGCAAAUGCCAUGGGUGUGGUUGCACUACAUUGGUCACUCUUGCUGGACUUUGGGCUGCCAAUGUCCAGACAUUACUUGAUCAGGAUGUUCCCAUGCAGGAAAUCAUCAGAGCGGGAGAUGAAUUCAUUCAGGAAUGUGAGGAUUUCAUUGACCAAAGUGCAAUAUCCAUACGCGCUGUAUCCAAAUCUGAAACAGUCAUGGGUGACAGAAGUUCUUCUGUGUCACUUGAAAGUUCUGAUCGUCAAGAUCCUUCUGACCUAUGGGGCACCAUGGAUAGAUGUUUGAAUCAGAACAGCAAUAACAGUUGUGGCUCACCAUCCCAUGUAUCAUUCCAGACUACCACUCAGGAAAGAACUUACCAUGUAGAGAGGAAGCAUGCAGGUGCAUCUGAUCUUUCAAAAUGUAACUCUUCCUCUGUGACAAAACAUUCAGGUGCAGUCCGUUCUAUGAGUAGUGCACAUGCAAGUACAGUUCUUUCGCCCAGCAGUGUACAUGCAAAUACAGUCCUUACGACCAGUAGAGCUUCUGCAGGUACAGUUCUUUCAACCAGCAGUGCCAUACGUGACACCUCAAGUGCAAAUUUGAAGCAAAAUGAUGAUGAUGAUGUUAGUUGGUUCUUUGAAAAUGAUUCUCAGUACAGUAGGUAUACAUCAUUGGAGACCAAUCCUGAAGGUCUAGGAUCACUGACAAGAAAACUUGAUGAUAUCUCUUUGUGUGGAUAUGAACAAGCAGACGCUCAGGGCGUUGAGCAAGCAAUUGCAGUGGAAGAUGAUGAAUGGUUGUUGAAUCAUACAUCAUUAGGUGGCAUAAGUAAAAGUAAUGAUCAUCAAAAGGCUAACUCGGGUUUAAUGCGAGGGGAUGACAUCUCAAUAGAAAUGAUAAACUCCAAAAUUUUUCAAGACGGAAGGAAUCCGAGAGAAAGAACCUCAGAAGCUUCAUGCCAAAAGCUGGAAGUGGAACUGAUUCGAACCAAAGAGACAGUUGACCAACAAAUAUGCAGGGAUGCUCAGUCUGUGCUGACACAGAAUCAAACGGUCCGAUUUGAAGGGAAAUCUGUUAAUGAAACUUCUAAAAAAAGAAGCGAGAGAUUGGAAUCUCUGCUGAAGAAUGCAAUACUACAGAAACCAUCCAAUCCUAGCAAGGGCCGUCCUCGCAUUUUGAGUCGCCACCUUCUUGCCGAUGAAUUAGAAAUGAGUACAUCACCGAAAACUUCUGAAAUGCCUGUGCAUGGAUGUGAAACAAAAAUGACCUCCAGAGUACUUAGUCAAGGUAACAAGACAGAUGAAAAGAGAAGAGAUAUUCCUUUGUUUGCUCUGAGAGACACUUCAUCAGAUCACAUGCUGAGACAAGCUGUUCAAAUACGCAUUCAGAAUGUAUAUGAAGAUGGCCCAAGAAUUCUUGCAGAUAAGAUGAUGCCAGCACAGGAAGCCAUCCUUCAAGCAGAAUUAUCCAGUGAAAUUGAAUUACUUGGGGACCGUCUGAAUCCUGGGGCAGUGUAUGAGAUGAAGUUAGCCAUUGAAGCUUGUCAGGUUCAGCUCAAAUCAAGUCAAGAUCCUCAACGAUUCAAUUUCCAGCCAGACCUGGUUCACAUUCAACCUAUAACAGGGCCAGCAGUGUCCUCGUCUUGCUGUGUGGAUGGUCUUGUGGUUCCUGUUGAUGAGAAUCAGCUCAGCACGCUACGGAUGGUGACAGGAAGGAGGAUGAGUGCAUUGCUUGUUAAUGGUGACUUAGAAGAAUCCUACAAGCAUAGAGGCUUCAAGGAUAGUCUGAAGUCAUCAGGUGUUAUAUCAGGUAUCCUUGCACCAGGCUCUAGCUCAGACUGGACACACAGUGUUCUUUCUUCCUUAAAGAAGCUGAAUAUCAAUAUGCUGUUGGUUCGUGGAUCUGUAGACUCCUCCUUGGUUGAUGCGUGCUGCUUUCAUCAUAUCCUUAUCAUUCAGCAUGUGCAUUACAGAUUGCUUCAGCUACUAGGGACUGUAUUUAAGUCUAACCUUAUAGUCUACAUUCAAGAUGCACUUCAGGAUGAUGUAUGUCAAGAUAUGAAGAUGACGUACUGGUCUUCGGGAUAUGAUCCACACCCGACAGUGAGAUCCAGAGAACUAAAGAUAAAACAUCAUGUUCAGAUUCUCUGUCCUGCCAAUGUCAUGACCAUCGUUUUAAAUGCUCCAUCGGAACCGCUACUAACUGGUGUAGAACAUCGGCUUCAUUCGUGCAUGGCCAUGCUAAAGAGUGCACUGCAUGAUGGGAAGGUCAUACCAGGUGGUGGUUCAAUUGAACAACGUCUUGUGGAGAAGUUGAUGCGUGAGACAGAAAACGGCACAGAUUUCCAUCAAUACCAACAGAGACUCAUUUAUGAGAACUUGGCUCAGGGAUUCAGAUCAUACACACAACUCUUGGACCAGAACAUUGGCCAACAUCAACAAAUGGGGGACGCAUCCCGCGAUGAACCUGGCCAUUCCUGUGAUGUAUAUGACUGCUUCUCAGCCAAGAAAGGGGCGUGGCAGAGGGCGUGGCACCUUUUGAGACAGGUUUUGCUUUGUGAUGCUCUGAUCAUUACUGGCAUCGGUCAAGAUGACAAGACUUUGGAGAAGAUUCUUUGAGCAUCCUUGUGGUCUGACAACAAGAGAUCUUCUGUUGACAGUUAUGAUGAUGAACCGGACUCAUCGACCUUCACAGAUGGCUCUCUGAAAAUCAGAAUCUCUGUUCUCCAGCCAAUCCUAUGAAGCUGUUGCAGAUUCACGUAGCUAGAAAAUGAUGUCAUUCAUCUGCUUUGUGAAGAAUUCAUCAAAGAAAGCCGACCACCAUGAAGAGCGAUUCUCAGAUCAGCGCUGAAAGGAAAUAGAAAGAUGGCCAAAAUACUGGAGGAUAGGAUACGUGAACAGUAGAAGGGUCAGGUUUGGAACAUGAUUAGUAAAAACAACUAAUGAUAAUGAUAGUGUCAAUGAUUGUUAUCCAUAAGUGCCUUGUCAAAUCCAUCAAAAAGGUUUUGAUUUUUCAAUUUUAUUUUUUGCGAUGUCACCGUAGGAAAAAAGCUUCCUGCAUGUUUACAUAUGUCAUAUACUAAAUCUUGCUGUAACAUUUUGAUGUUGUGAAACCCAACAUUGAAAACCGGAUGGGUAAUGGUUACCAAGAG